CCCAGUCAGAGUGAGAGAAGGCAGGGCACGAACCCGGAGAACCAGUGAGAGCCCAGAGGAUGCCAUGUGUGCAGGUCCCAGGCUGGCCGCCCGGAGGUGCCCGCUCUCCUACCUAUGCCAACACUCCACAAGUCUUCUGUGUGACCCCCUCACCAUGACGACCCCCUCAUAAACUCCACUUCUAACAACCGGCCAACAUUUGGAAAGAGCCAUCCAGGACUUGCUGUGGAGUUCUCAGACCGCUGGAGAUGUCUAAGCCGGUGGACCAUGUGAAGAGACCUAUGAACGCUUUCAUGGUGUGGUCCAGAGCUCAGAGGAGGAAAAUGGCCCAGGAGAACCCCAAAAUGCACAACUCGGAAAUCAGCAAGAGGCUGGGGGCAGAAUGGAAGCUGCUGACGGAGUCGGAGAAGAGACCCUUCAUAGACGAGGCCAAGAGGCUGCGAGCCAUGCACAUGAAGGAGCACCCGGACUACAAGUACCGGCCCCGCAGGAAGCCCAAGACUCUGCUCAAGAAGGACAAGUUUGCCUUUCCUAUGCCGUACAGCCUGGCCGGGGACCAUGAGGGACUGAAGGCUGCCGGUAUACACGGUGCCGGGGUACUUACUGACUCUUUGCUCUCCAACCCUGAGAAGGCGGCUGCAGCUGCGGCGGCGGCGGCCGCGCGCGUCUUCUUCCCCCACUCAGCAGCGGCAGCGGCGGCGGCUGCUGCUGGCGGCGCCUCCAGUCACUACUCCCUAUUUGACCUGAGCUCCAAGAUGGCAGAGAUCACAUCCAGCUCUUCCUCCCUCCCUUAUGCCUCAUCUAUCGGAUACCCACAGUCCAGCGGAGGGGGCUUCCCGGGGGUGGCAGCGGCGGCAGCUGCAGCAGCGGCUGCCAGUGGUGGGCACACUCACUCUCACCCCUCUCCUGGAAACCCCGGCUACAUGAUCCCCUGUAACUGCACGGGAUGGCCCAGUCCAGGACUGCAGCCCCCCUUAGCCUACAUCCUCUUCCCAGGAAUGGGGAAACCUCAGUUGGACCCUUACCCUGCCACAGCUUAUGCAGCAGCAUUAUGACAGCAUGGCAGCCCUUGGCAGGGCACUCGGCACCCAGGUGUCACUCCAUGUGGGACAUAUGAACUCGCUCCUGGGAAGUCCUGUGUGUGGAAUUUCUAGCGCUCAUGCACCAUGGUUGGGUAUUUGUCUUUUUCUAUGCUGUGAAAAUAUGGAAAUAUGUGAGCAUUUGUGAUGAUGGCACGGGUCAUCUGUGGUACCUACUGUGCAUAUCAUGCUCCUUCAGUGUGGAGGUGCUUGUGGUCAUCAAAGUCCUAUGCAAGUCCCUCUACUACUGAAUCGGUGGGGAGAAGGUCGCCCCAACAAGCAAAGAACAUUUCAGAAGUCACCUUUUGCCUCUUUCUGCACUUGUAUGAUGAAAUGGACUCCAUGAUCUUCCCCUGCAUGCACUUGC